AUACGACUGUUGUCACGACCAGCCGUCGUGUAACGAUUUCCGGAAGCUGCCUGUAUAAGGGCGACAAACCUAGCUAAGGUCGCCUUGCUCUCUCGACUUGGCAUCCGUGCUUGACCUUGGAAACUCGAAAUGGGUGGCUAAGUGCCCUUGAGCACCUCCGUGGUUGACUAGGGGUCCGGGGCGUCCGGAUGCCUCUGUGCUCAAUACCUCAUGGAAACAACAAGGUGAUGUUACGGUUGCUACGAUACGUGGCUGCCGUGGGUCCCACUCUAGGUCUUGGAGCCAGUGAUUACUUGCUUACACCGCUGAUUAGACCGCAGCAGAACCCAAUAUCAACCCAGGGAACCGUGAGCCUCAAGCCGGUCGACAACGUCUUGAACCCUGCUCACAAAGGUGGUUCGCCCGUUGACUCACCGAAGUUCAGAUCAAGGCAUAUGCCACGGUUGGUCAGCCCUAGGCAACAGACUUUGACGGGCCGGGCCAUAGAAGCUUUGGAGCCACCGUCAACAACGCUCAGGGGUGAAAGUGUUUUGAAUUAUCCGAGACUAUUCUGGAACUUCUGCUGCGUACCGACAGGAAUCUUAUUCCCCCCGGGGGGAGGGGGGGGGAUGCUGAAGGUCGUGGAGCCUUUGCCAGGCGCUCUUCCGUGUGGUCAAUCAUCGAAAAAGCACCACAACACCUUGUGUCCACGUCAGCCCUCCGCUCUGACGUGUCCGCGGAGCCGUGGAAUAUUGACAACCCUGGAGACAGAGACACGCGGCAUGAUAUCACUGACAGAAGACACCUGAUAUGGACUUGAAGAUGUGUGAUGGUGAGCUGGACCAUCUUUUGCACCCUCAAGAAUCGAGUCGCAUUUAGCUCUGCCCCUGCUCGUUCUGUUGUCCUACCCCGUCAGGAGACAAAAUUAUACAAAGGAAGUAUCAGAGGACUAACAGUCCAGCGUUCAUAAAGCAACCUAUGCCGUGUAUACCGGCUCUCUUGUGUGCUUCAUCGCUCAAUGUGGCAUAUAUCUCGCCGAGAAUAAGAUUGGAUGCGCCUUCGGCAGCCAUCGGCCUGCCACUCUAGCACUCGAUUCAUUUUAAUGCA